GUAUGAGCAGGUGCAGCCCUCUAAGUUCUCCUAGGGGGGGGCUAAAUGUGUCACUCUGGCCUUCCGUAGUUGCACACCCAUGCUCUAAAGGAUAAGAGGCCUGACCAAUAGCUUCUUGAACUGUAAUAUUGUUGGUCUUUCUGGAUCUUUCAGCAGCACCUAACACCGUUUACCAUGAUAUCCUUCUAGAUCAUUUGGCUGAUAUGAGGUUUGAGGGUAUUGCUUGCAAUCUUUUCUUGCUGAACGUUCCCAGAAGGUGGUGUUGGGGGACUGUUAUUCAGCCUUUUGCCCAUUGGCCUGUGGUGUUCUAAUUGUGUCAAUACUGUCCCUUUUAUUUUUCAGCAUAUACAUGAAGCCACUGGGAGAAGUCAUUUGGAAUUUUGAGGAUGGGUUUAAUUAAUAUGCUGAUGAUAUCUAGCUCUGUCUCUCUUUUUCAACGGAUGCCAGGGAGGCCGUGGUAGUACUUAAUAUUGUCUGGAGGACUGGAUGUGAAUGAGUAGAUGGAGGCUUAAUCCAGACAAAACAGAAGUGUUGAUUGUCAGUAGGAAAACCAACCUGGGAUUGGAAUCACAACCUAUUCUGCAAGGGGCUACAUUCCCUCUGAAAGAUCAGGUCUAUAGCUUAGGAGUGCUCUGGCAUCCAGUAUUCCUCCUGGAAAGCCAGGCUUAUGCAGGAGUGCCUUUGCCCAACUUUGGCAGGUGUGCCGUUUCCUAGGGAAGAUAGAUGUGGCCACAGUAGUUCGUGUCUUAGUUACUUCCCAAGUAGAUUACAGCACGCCCACACCAACUAAGGACUUUGCCAUCCGUGGAUCUGAGCUUCUGCAGAUGGCAAGCCCUGGCUUUUUCAGUGGGCAUGCGUACACAUGGCUGUAGGUGCAGGCAUGAAUGCAUUCCCAUUGAAAAGAACGGGACUUAAGGUCCCACAUUUUUUUGCUAUUCGCAGAGGGGUCAGGAGGUCCCAUAAUGGAGCCUCUGUGGAUAGGAAGUGACUACUGAAAAGCAAUGGGUUCUAUGUGGAGGUGCCUUAAAAAGUGUUCAGAAGCUGCAGCUAGCGCAAAAUAUAGCAGCCAGACUGGUGUCAGGUGUAUAUUUCAGAGACCAUAUAGCAUUGGUCUUGCAAGAACUGUACUGGCUUCCAAUUUGGUUGAGCUCAAUUCAAGGUGCUGAUGUUGACCUACAAACCCUAAAUGACUUGGGUCCAAGAUAUCUGAAAGACUGCUUCCUCCCAUAUGAGCCUGCCAGAAAUUAGAGAUCUUCAGAAGAGGCCUUGUGUGUCUCAAUGCCUUGUGAAGUUUGGUUGGUUGGUGCACCUAACAGGUUUUUUUUCCCUCCUAUAGUAGCACCUCAACUGUGAAACUCCUUACCCAAGGAAAUUUGGCUGGCCCUAUCUCUUUUAAGCUCAGUCAAAACAGUGCUAUUCCACAUGGAAUUCAGUGUCUGAAACUGCUGUUUUAACCAUUUUAAAAUUGGAUUGUUUGCAGGAGUUUUUAAAUAUCAUUUUAAUGUGUUUUUAAUCAUUUUUUUUUAAAUCUCUGUAUUCUUUCAAUUGUUUUUGGGCUGGGAGGUGAUACAAAAAUACUUUGUAAAAUAAUAAUAAUCUAGAUGUCUCCUAUAAGCUUUUUUUUUUUUUUUAGAAAGCAGUAUUUAAUUGCAAAAGGUCCCAGGACAUUAUUAAAAAAAAUUAAUCUCCGUUCCAUGUCCCCUUCCUAUCCAUGUACCCUACUGUCUGUGAUCCACAGUUUUGACUGCCCACAGAUUGCAAAACCCCAUAUUAUUCAACGUGGAGUCUAGUGGCUUCAGUGUCAGUGAUGUAGAAACUUGAAUCCUUCUGUUUUCAUCCAAAACUGAAAGAAGAUUUUCCUUCAGUUGUUUGAAGUUCCACCAAGUGAAAAGAGUGAUGACCAUCCUUUUCCUUACUAUGGUUAUUUCAUACUUCAGUUGCAUGAAAGCUGCCCCAAUGAAAGAAGUUAGCCUCAGAGGACAAGGCAGCUUGGCUUAUCCCAGUCUUCGGACACAGGGAAAUUUGGAGGACCUAGGUGGGCCCAAUGAUGCCACAAGAGGAUUGACAUCUUUGGCAGACACUUUUGAACAUGUCAUAGAGGAACUCCUGGAUGAGCAGCAGGCCAUCCAGCCCAGCAAGGAAAACAAGGAUGCAGACUUGUACUCGUCUCGGGUUAUGCUAAGCAGUCAAGUGCCUUUGGAGCCUCCACUGCUCUUUCUGCUUGAGGAGUAUAAAAAUUACUUGGAUGCUGCAAACAUGUCCAUGAGGGUCCGGCGCCACUCUGAUCCUGCUCGCCGUGGAGAGCUGAGUGUGUGUGACAGUACUAGUGAGUGGGUAACAGCGGCCGAGAAAAAGACUGCGGUGGACAUGUCAGGGGCAACGGUUACCGUCCUGGAAAAAGUACCAGUACCCAAAGGCCAACUGAAGCAAUAUUUUUAUGAGACCAAAUGCAACUCAAAGGGAUAUACGAAAGAGGGCUGCAGAGGCAUAGACAAGAGGUACUGGAAUUCCCAGUGCCGAACUACCCAGUCUUAUGUGCGAGCUCUCACCAUGGAUAACAAAAAAAGAGUUGGAUGGCGAUUUAUAAGAAUAGACACUUCCUGUGUGUGUACACUGACCAUAAAAAGGGGAAGAUAGUGGGUUCAUGCUGUAUAGAUUAUAUUGAGACAAAAAAUUAUCUAUUUGUAUAUAUACAUAACAGGGUAAAUUAUUCAGUAAGAAAGAAAAUAAUUUUAUGGACUGCAUGUAUAAAUGAGGUUUAUACAGUACAGUGGUUCCACAAUCUAUUUAUUGAACAUAUCCAUGACCUAGAGGGGAACAAAAGGAGAAAAACAAAGUAUCCAUUUGCGCACAACUUUGAGAAAAAACAAAUUUGCAUUACAUUCCUCUAACAUUGUGGUUUGUUGCCGUUGCCAAGAAUUGAAAACGUUUAAAAAAUUAAAAAAUAAAAUUGCAUGCUGCUUAAAUUGUGAAUUGAUGAUAAACUGUCCUCUUUCAGAAAAAAAAUUGAACCAAAACAUUCCGUUUACAUUUUAGACAGUAAGUAUCUUUAUUCCUGUUAGUAUUAUAUCUGUUUACUGCUUUAAAAUUCUUCUGGUAGCGUUGGAAUUAAAACAAUGUCAAGGUGCUGUUGUCAUAGUUUUAAUGUUGAUUUCUAAUUUUAAUUUUGAAAUUCCCACAUGGUUUUAAAAGAGGGGGAAACUCCCUGUCAUCACCGUAUAUGUUCUGGAUAAAACGAAUUUGGGGUUUUUUUUGUAUGUUGUGAAGGUGUUUGCAAUAUCAAAUCAGACUACUGAAAAAAAUAAAAUAAAAAAAGAGGCAACUGAAAAAAAA